AUGCAUUACACACUCAUCAAGAGAUGGUUUACCGAGAUGUCAGCACUCCGCAAUCAAUACCACUAUCUGCCAGAAAACAUCUAUAACAUGGACGAGACAGGAUAUAACAUUGGUACUACCUUGUCUUCUCAAGUAAUGACAGUAGCAGAAGGAGACAAAAGUGUGAAGGCAAAGGUGGUGAAAGCGCAGAAGGGUCGGCAGGAAUGGGUUACCGCAAUCAAGUGUGUAUCAGCUGUAGGUCAAGCUCUUCCCCCCAUCAUUAUCUUCAAAGGAAAAGCGGAAUUCAACCUCCGAAUGCGUCCACAAGAUCGAGAUAUUGAGGGUUGGCAAUGGACAACAAGCUUGAAAGGGUGGUCAAGUAAUGCACUUGCCUGUUACUGGCGGAAAUCACAAUUUGAACCAAUGACAGCUCCAGCCGAUACCUCUCAACGUCAACUGCUUAUCUUAGAUGGUCACGGAAGUCAUGUCAAGGCCGACUUCAUUGGCUUUUGUAUCGAACAUUCAAUUGAUGUCAUGGUCCUUCCUCCACACUCCUCCCAUUGGACACAACCACUCGAUACCGGUGUUUUUAGUCCUCUCAAACGUCACUUGAUGAAGUUCUCGGACAUUGCAACUCGAUACAAUGCAACAUCAAUUGACAAGGAGAAGUGGGCAGCGGACGUAGUAACAGCCAGAGAGCUAGCGAUGACGAAGGAGCAUAUUGCUACUGGUUGGAGGAAGUCCGGUUUACACCCUUUCAACCCCAAUGUUGUGUAUUGA